CCCUUCGGGGCUUCGCUCUUGGGCUGCUUUGCCCUGCGUCAUAUGAUAGCGUUCUUCGUCAGGCCCUCGGGGGAGAAUUCUUCUAUUAGCAGGAGGCAAACACAGAGGCGUUUAGGCUGGGCCUGACUUGGAGGGCGGCCGAGGCGGCAGUACCCCCCCCCCCCAGCCCACCGAGGUGGUGCGCUCCAGGCGGGGCGGUGCAGUCCAGUGGCUCCAAGCGGGGCCGGUCCAGCGAGCGGCAGCGCGGGGAUCCCAGGAUGCUGCUGCGUUCGGCCGCGCUCUGCCGCGCCCUGCUGGCCCGCCGGGGCAGGGCGGCCGGGCUGUGUUGGAAGCACGUCUCCUCCGUCCAGGUGGCCAAUGAGCCCGUGCUGGCGUUCACGCAGGGCAGUCCCGAGCGAGACGCGCUGCAGAAGGCCCUGAAGGAGCUGAAGGGCCAGACGGAGGCCAUCCCGUGCGUGGUGGGGGACGAGGAAGUCUGGACCUCAGAUGUGCGGUACCAGGCAUCGCCCUUUAACCAUGGACACAAGGUGGCCAAGUUCUGCUACGCAAACAAGGCCCUGCUCCACAGAGCCAUCGGGGCCGCCUUGGCCGCCAGGAGGGAGUGGGACCUGAAGCCUGUGGCUGACCGGGCGCAAGUCUUCCUGAAGGCAGCCGACCUGCUGAGUGGGCCGCGCAGGGCUGAGGUCCUGGCCAAGACCAUGGUGGGGCAGGGGAAGACGGUGAUCCAGGCGGAGAUCGACGCUGCGGCUGAACUCAUCGACUUCUUCCGCUUCAACGCCAAGUUUGCCGUGGAGCUGGAAGGCGAGCAGCCCCUCAGCGUGCCGCCCAGCACCAACAGCGUGCUGUACCGGGGACUGGAGGGCUUCGUGGCGGCCAUCUCCCCCUUCAACUUCACUGCGAUCGGCGGCAACCUGGCAGGGACUCCAGCCUUGAUGGGCAACGUGGUCCUGUGGAAGCCCAGCGACACCGCCAUGCUGGCCAGCUAUGCCGUCUACCGCAUCCUCAGGGAGGCCGGGCUGCCCCCCAACAUCAUCCAGUUUGUGCCAGCUGACGGGCCCACCUUCGGGGACACUGUCACCAGCUCAGAGCACCUGUGUGGCAUCAACUUCACGGGCAGUGUGCCCACUUUCAAGCACCUGUGGAAGCAGGUGGCCCAGAACCUGGACCGAUUCCGAACCUUCCCCCGCCUGGCUGGAGAGUGCGGGGGCAAGAACUUUCACUUUGUGCACCGCUCGGCCGACGUGGACAGCGUGGUGAGUGGGACCCUGCGCUCGGCCUUCGAGUACGGCGGCCAGAAGUGCUCGGCCUGCUCCCGCCUCUACGCGCCCCGCUCGCUGUGGCCGCAGAUCAAAGGGCGGCUGCUGGAGGAGCUCAGCGGGAUCAAAGUGGGCAAUCCUGCAGAGGAUUUUGGGACCUUCUUCUCUGCCGUGAUUGAUGCCAAGUCCUUCAGCCGCAUCCGGAAGUGGCUGGGGCACGCCCGCUCCUCGCCCAGCCUCACGAUCCUGGCCGGGGGCCAGUGUGACGACUCUGUGGGCUACUUUGUGGAGCCGUGCAUCGUUGAGACCAAGGACCCCCAGGACCCCAUCAUGAAGGAGGAGAUCUUUGGUCCCGUGCUGGCCGUGUACGUCUACCCGGACGAGGAGUACAAGGAGACGCUGCGGCUGGUCGACAGCACCAGCAGCUACGGCCUCACGGGGGCAGUGUUCGCCCAGGAUAAGGACGUUCUCCAGGAGGCCACAGAGCUGCUGAGGAACGCUGCGGGCAACUUCUACAUCAACGACAAGUCCACCGGCUCGGUGGUGGGCCAGCAGCCCUUUGGGGGAGCCCGAGCCUCGGGGACCAACGACAAGCCAGGCGGCCCCCACUAUGUCCUGCGGUGGACGUCGCCCCAGGUCAUCAAGGAGACGCACGGGCCUCUGGGGGACUGGCGCUACCCAUACAUGCAGUGAGCCCCGCUCGGCGCCUCCGCCGCCCGUCCGUCCGUCCAGACGACUGACCUCGGUGCACUGACUGCACCCCAUGCUUCCACCCCACCCCCCAUGGGGCGACCUCUUUCUAUCGAGUCCUGCCCCCUGCCCCGCAUCGGCCUGCGUGCUGGCCUGUCCCACCCCUUAGAGUCAGGUGUGGGCUCUGGGUUGAGAUCACGCUGUGGGGAGGCAUAGGGCUGCCAGCCCUGCCCCCAAAGAGUGUCCUAGAAAUUCCGCCUGGUGGGUGUGACCUUGGUGCCUGACUGGUUCUCCAUCGGCCCCCUUCUCGCCGCUCUCUGCUGUGCCCAGGGUCUCAGGGGCCUGGGGCGUGGCGGUGGAGAAACUCGCGGAUCUGCAGGAGGAGGCGGCAGCUCUGGGCACCCUGGCACGCUGCACCCACCGAGGCCCCUGGCUUCUCUGGGUCUUCAGGGUUAGGGGUGACCAGGGUGGCCUGCAGGCUGCCAUGUUGUCACAGGUCGUGGGGGCACCAGCUGGCCUUGGCCUGCUUGGUUCGUGCUGCUCUCUAGCUCUUUGCCCAGACGCCCCUGUGCCAGCAGGUACCCACCUGUGCCAGCAGGUACCUGCGCCCAACCCAACGCCUUAGACCCGUGUGCCUUGCUCCCGAGUGCCUGAGCUCCCCGGAGGCCCUCAGAUUCCUGGCAGUCUCCAGGCGGUGGGGCUGGGGGCUUCUGCCGUCCACCUGCCAAGGUGCCGGUCCUUCCUGUCGGGCCUGUGAGGUUGGCAGACCUUGGGGACCCUUCCUGCCGCUUCCUUAGCUCUUGGGUCCUGCCUCGAGAGCCUCCGUUGGCCUGGGGCUUCCUGCAGGAGCUCAGUGCCCACUGGCCCAGGUAGAUGGUACCCCUACCUUCCCCAGCGCCCCGAGACUUCACCUCGGGUCCCCAUCUGGCCUGGCUGAGGCUCACGUGUAGAAUCGUUCCUCCCUGGCAUGUCCGUGGCUCUGUGUGUGGACUGGCCCCUUGGAGGCCUGUUCCUCGAUGCAGCUGAUCGGGGGACACUCAGACGCAUCCUGGGUGGGUUCUGGGCGGUCAGGUAAGAGGCCACUCUGGGGACAGUUUUUAGGGGGCCCUCCUCAGGCACAGCUGGCGUGGGGCCCCCGUGGGGCUGGGGUGGCCAUUCCCCCAGUGCGUGGUCACACGCCGUGGCCCGCGGUCAGGACUGGGCCUGAUGCCAACAGGGUUUCUCACGGGGGCCAGGACGGGUGGCGGGCAGGCCGGAGGCGGUCCUGGUUCUCCUCAUUCUGCACUGUGAGGUGGCCGUGGGAUGUGCCCUGACGCCACCUAAUAAAAUGUCUCUCCCUUAACC